AUGGCAACGGCUCGGGCGCAAUCGAAACAAAGUCGCCCGGCGCCAAAAGCAAAAACAAGUGUUACAAAAUCUGAAAAACCAUUAGCCAGCACACUUGAGAUUGUUCCAGGAAAAUUUAGUGAGCAUGAUUGGUAUAAUUUAAUAGAAAGUGAUGAAACAGAAGAUUUCAUUGCGGACAUUCUCGAUGAUAUAUGGAGUCAAACAUCAAAACAAAUUGAAAAAAUUUAUAUUUCAAAACAAUUAUUACCAUACACAACCAUGAUGGUUAAAAAUGCUCUGUCAAAUGUGAUACAGUGGGCAUUUCUCGAACGAGACGAACCAGAACCAGCACAAGGAACAUUUUGGAUAGAAGACGCUGAGCCAGUACCAUCGAAUAUGGAUAAUUUUGGUGAAGGAGUUGUACCGGCUUGUAGAGAAGAAAUACAAACUCUUCUUUCCGAACCUGAAACAACACGCAUCCCUUCUGUUCGUGCGUCAAUAUCGUCUGCUUCACCGACCGCUACCAAACAGACACAACAAAUCACAGAAAACAAGCAACAAAAUGUAUCUGACGAAUACCUGACUAGUCAAACAAAAUUAACGCCAGAUGAUUCAAUAUUAACUGAACAAUCUCUAUCUGGUCAGGCAGAGUUGACAAUGGGUGGGAUUGAAGAACAACCAGAGCAACAAAUUGAACAACGUCUUCAUAAUCAUGAUGUAUUAGUUAUACAACCAACAAAAUUAGAACCAUUGGCUGAAUUAUUUUUUCCGCCAUCAAACUCAAAAGUUUCAGAUAGUAACAAAAAGUAUAAACAAACCAAACAGAUAAAGAAAUCGUUUACAUCUUCAACCGUGGAAAGUCAAUCGAUAACGACAAAAUCAUCGUAUCACGACACGAAAAAAAGUGAUGAUAAAUUAAGAGUAUUCGAUGAUCAACACAUAGAAGAAUUGAUUAAUAAAGCACCAGCUGCUGCACAUUCAAUUCUAAAAAGUAUUUUGAGUCGUCCACCAGGCUAUCGUGAAUUAGAAUUAGAUGAAUUUGGCAAUGUUGCAUCAAUAACAAAACUUGAUCCAGAUAAAUUACCAUCAAAAAGUAUACGUGUAAAAUGUGAUGUAAUCAAACCACGAAAAACAGUUAUUGACACAAGACCUGUUUUGAACGCUCAACGCCAACCAAAAAAAGAACGACAACAAGAAAAAUUUCAAUCGAUUAAAUUAGUUGUACCAGAACAAUCUGUUGACGUAGGAGAUUUAAUUCAACCAGUACCCGGUGUUCUGUACGAAGACAGACGUCUGAAAAAAGGAGAUCCAAGAAGAUAUCAGGCUGGUUUAUCAAAAUAUUUUGGAUUUCAUGAUGCUGAACGGCCACUUCGUCCCAUAGCGAAUCGUUUUGAUGUUAUGUUAUCGGCUAAACAAAUACUAUCUGUUAACAAUUCAGAUGAAGAUGAUGAUGUUGAAGAAUCAUCUAAAAUUCGUGCAUUCAGAACUCUAAAUAAAAUACCACCAAUUAUAUCGAGUCCAACAGCGUCUUCUGCUUAA